ACUCUAUUAUACACCCAUAAGUUAUUCUAAUCACGAAUUAUUGUGUUGUGGAAUAAGUGAUGAUAGAUAUAAUUCAAUAGACGUGUUUGCGAUAGGUAAAGUGUAGAAAUAUAACAGCACUAUGGAAACAUUUAAAAAGAUUAGUGAUUCGUUUUGGUCACCUAAUGUGUGGCUUCCACCAAAUGUAACAUGGUCCGACAUUGCUCCCGGCUCUCGCUCCGAUGUCCAGCACGCCAAUUAUAAGGAUCUUCUUUGGCCACUGCCUUUGGCCGGAGUUAUCAUGCUUAUUCGAUAUUCCGUGGAAAGAUUUUGGGUUUCGCCAAUCGGGGUAUCUCUGGGCAUUAGAAGUUCAAGGCCAAAAAAAGCAGCAAAUAUACCAGUACUGGAAAGUGCUUAUUCCAAAUCAAGUCGCUUGGAUCAUAAAAAAAUUGUAUUACUGUCGAAGCAUUUAGACAUGACUGAGCGCCAGAUUGAACGGUGGUGGCGUUUAAGACGAGCACAAGAUAAGCCGUCGACAUUGACAAAAUUUUGUGAAAACACCUGGAGAUGCAUAUAUUAUACAUAUAGCUUCAUAUUUGGAAUCGUAGUUUUGUGGGACAAACCUUGGUUUUGGGAUGUUAAAACUUGCUGGUAUGGUUAUCCACAUCAGUCCGUUUCAGGUGAUAUCUGGUGGUACUACAUGAUAUCUAUGGCAUUUUAUUGGUCUCUAACAGUAACCCAAUUUUUCGAUGUGAAACGGAAAGACUUUUGGCAAAUGUUCGUCCAUCAUAUGGUAACACUACUUUUAAUGUCGUUAAGCUGGAUUUGCAAUUUACACAGAGUUGGAUCAUUGGUGCUUGUUAUUCACGACUGUGCUGAUAUUUUUCUUGAAGCUGCGAAAUUGACGAAGUAUGCAAACUUCCAAAAACUAUGUGAUAUAAUUUUUGCAAUUUUUACCGUUGUAUGGAUAGUGACACGUCUUGGCUUUUAUCCCCGCAUAAUCUACAGUUCUUCAAUUGAAGCGCCAAGGAUUCUUCCAAUGUUCCCAGCGUAUUACAUUUUCAACAGUUUACUCAUUAUGUUGCUUGCCCUUCACAUUGUUUGGACGUACAUGAUACUUAAGAUUGUAAUAGAUUCUUUACAAAAGGGAUUGAUGUCUGGUGAUAUAAGAUCGAGCGACAGCGAAAUUUCUGAAAGUUCGGAAAGCCAAAAAUCGCUCAAUAAUGGUGACGUUAAACCUGUAGAUAAAAUACAAAAGAGAGCUCUAACCAAAACAGAAUAACCAAAUAAGCAAAAUUAUUUCCUCCGUUUGUAUUUCUUUUGUAUGUUAUGUACAAACUAUGUAUGUUGUAGAAUAUUUAAAAAGGUUUUUAAUGUCAAGAAACCACGUAUAAGUAAAUUUAUUUUGUACUAUAAUAUUGGAAUAAUAAAUGUUUAUUUUAUUGUUGCUUAUAAUUUAAAAA